GCUGGCUGGGCCUCGUUUUGUACUUGUGAGUGAUACCUGCAGUUGAGGAUUCCCACCUAGGAGGCAGCAGCCUGUCAGCAUGGCUCAGGAGUUUGUGAACAGCAAAAUCCGUCCUGGGAAGGUGGUGGUGUUCAUCAAGCCCACCUGCCCCUACUGCAGACAGGCUCAAGAGCUCCUCGUCCAAUUCCCCUUCAGACAAGGAGCUUUGGAAUUUGUUGAUAUCACAGCCACCCGUGACCCAGACAAGAUUCAAGAUUAUCUGCAACAGCUCACCGGAGCCAGAACAGUACCUCGAGUCUUUAUCGGUGAAGAGUGUAUAGGUGGAUGCAGUGAUCUAAUAAAUAUGCAUCAACGUAGGGAACUGUUGACACGGCUAAAGCAAAUUGGAGCUCUGCAGUAAUUAUGGACAGACCCCGGGCUGACACCUCCCUGACAGCUGACCGGCCCGUGAAUGACGACAGCACUUCCUCCUGACUGGGGCCUGGGCCUUCCUUUACCCAGCAACUGUUUACUUAAAAUUCUGAAAUAGCUAAACCAAAAAAAUGGCAGGGGGCAGUUCUUGGCAACAAACAGGCUUUGCUUCUACUGACUCAGUGUUGAAAGGGGACCUGCCUGCCACAAACCACAGGUCUGAGAAGGCGGAUGUGCUCCUUGGGUUCCUUCUCCGGUGGCCCUUGGGUUCCAAAAGACUGUGACAAGGUAUAGCUUAGGAUUCCCUCACUGACCCACAGAAAGUUCCCUCUCUUUUGCACGUGGCUCUUACUACCUGUUCUUCACAUGCCAGGACUACCUCUAAGCCAGCGCUUCUCAGCCCAGUGUCUCCCAGGCCCCCUAGGAUGAUUCUGCAAGUUAACUUUAUGCUACCACCCCCAAAAUUAGUUUGUUGAGUUUGACUUCAUAGAGUUUGUACAUAAAAUGAAGUAAGUAUUUUCAAUGUGCUUUCUGAAAUGACAUGUGUCUCCCCAGUCCGUUCUCACCCCACCUUGAGCAUCACCGCUCCGUAGCUCGGUAACAACACACGGUGCUCCCAGGAAUGUCCACCAGGCCUGUGCAGGGCCUGGGGCCCAGUCUGAGGAAUGCUGCACGGAGAGUUCGGCACAGCGGGCCUUUGCUUGGUGCCUCAGGGGUCAGAGGUCCGCAUGCAGAUGCUGUGACCCUGUGGCAGCUCUGUCAUGUGAGGUGAUCGUCCAGGUGCUCCUGCACAAGUGUGUAUUGAUUUGUUUACAUUAUGACCAAAUGAAAACAUAUAUUCAAAACAUUAUCAUAAACUUGCAACCUAGUCACCCAAGAAUAUGUUUGUGAAAGUAGCAUUUGAGAAACACGGUCCUAAAUGAUUUUCUCUCCUUUUACUCCUUCCUCUGAAAACUUAAGAAUUCGUCAUUGCGAAGUUUGUUCUAGAAUCACAGGGUUAAUUUAAUUUCCUUUUGCAGUCUCUAUUGUGAAAGGUUAAUUUCUGUGUAAUAAAGUAGUCAUAGGUGACAGAGAUUUUCUUUUUGUCCAAUUCUUAUUUAUGUUGAGACCAUAAGGGAUGAUAUUAAUGUGAGAGGCAUCAGUCAGAAGCUGUGGUCAUGUUUGGUCCCUGCCAUUAUAAAUAAAGGCACAUGCUGCUGUCCUUCAUUGA